UGCGAUUGGGGGUGGACAAUUUUGUUCAGAAGCAGCCACAAAAUUUCGUUAUACACAUUUCAAAAAUAAACAAAUUGUUUCCAUUAAAGAUGUUAAAGGGCAGCACAUUAAAGGCUUUGGAUGUACGAAUUAUACAGCGUUACAUGCAAUCAAGCCUUUCUUGUUGCAGUUGCCAGCAGAUCGGGCCGCGUCGCUAUAUAAAUGGCAUCCAGCGCUACUACAUAACGUUCAAUGAUUUUCGCAACAAGAAUCGCAUGUACACCAAAAAAGAGCUUGUCGGCUACUCCAUGGAAGAUAUGUACAGCGUUGUCUCCGAUGUCAGUAACUAUUACAAGUUCGUGCCCUAUGUUAAGAAAUCGCAGGUGCACACCGUCGAUCCCGGCGGAGGUGGAUUCAAAGCGGAUCUGAUCGUUGGCUUUCCACCACUCAACGAGAUCUACACAUCGCAGGUUACACUGCAGCCGAACAGUCGCGUGAAAUCGGAAUGCCACGAUGGCCGAUUGUUUAACUACCUCCUCAAUGAAUGGCGUUUCAGUCCGGGCCUGAAGGACAUACCGAAUUCAUGCGUUGUCGACUUUCGCGUUGCCUUCGAGUUCAAAUCGCUGCUGCACAGCAAUAUUGCCAAUAUUUUCUUUGAUUUGAUAUGCGACCAAAUGGAGAACGCGUUCAUCUUGGAAGUGAGUCGUCGCAGUGGUCCGCCCUCUAUACGCUCGCAUGUCCUCAAAUCAAGGCGAUCCUGAC